AUGUUAGAUAUAGGUAAGAAAGAUGAAAUAUUGGGAUAUUUUGAACAAGAUGUUGAACUUGCAGAUUCAUCAAUGUCGUUUUCAUUAUUAAAUCCUAUAAAGGAAACACAUAAUUACUUAUAUAAAAUUGGUUGUAAGCUUGAUACUAAUUAUAAAAAUAAAGACGUAAUAAAUACAAUGAUAGGUGGAAUUUAUAUUGUUAGUGCUCCUGAGUACUGUGGUUUAUUGAAUGAAUGGUUAGAAAAAAAAAAAAUUACAUAUAUAAAUGAAGGCCCUAAUUGUGAAAAUAGCACAAUAUUAUGGGAAGAAAUAAUUGAAAAAUUGUGGGAACAAUUAAAAAAUCAUGCAUUUGAUAGUUUUUCGUGUGACAGGAAUAAAACUAUCUAUAAUUGUCAUGUUUCAACUGAACUGAAGUCUGCUUUAUCUGUGGGUUUUACACUUAUGGGAAUUUUUCUAAUUACUCUUUUUAUUUUCUAUAAGUUUAGUCCUCUUGGACCACGUAUUCGGAAUCGUAUAAAUAAUAAACGAAGAACAACACAGAACAUAGCUCCAGAAGUAUCAGGUGAAUUGUUAGAAAUAUCUUCUGAAAAUGAGAUUUCACAUUGCGAAAACGGAAGAUUUUGUAUAGGUUACCAUUCUGUAAAAAAUUGGUAA